UAAAGAAACUGAGCAAACAACUUUGCAAAUAGACUAUUUUUGAAGAAAGCUGAAGGAAGGAGACAUCACCCACCAGGAUCGAGUGGAGCUGAAGACUGCCACCAUACAAGCGAAGGAGCCAUGGGCCAAGGUCUAAGCAUCAAAAAAUGUGAUCUCAGGAUCAUAAUGAACAACAGUAACCACCAUACAGAAGAAAUCAGCACUGAAAGGCUUACGGUGAGGCGGGGGCAGCCUUUCAUUAUCACAGUGAGCUUCUCAUCUCCAAUACACAACUACCUGAAGCAGCUGAAAAGGACCUUCCUCUCUGUACAGACAGGACCACAGCGCUCUAAAGCAGACAGAACCAAGGUUAAGUUUCCCAUCUCCAGCCUGGGAGACCAGAAGCAGUGGAGUGCAAGAGUAGAAGAACAGGACCCAUAUUUCUGGACCAUCUGUGUGAACACACCUGCCAACGCUCCCAUUGGCCAGUAUGAUCUGUUUUUACAUGCCCCCAAGGCUUACUGUCUCCUGGGAAAAUUCAUCCUUCUCUUUAACCCUUGGUGCCGAGAUGAUGAAGUGUAUUUGCCUAAUGAGGCGCAGCGGCAGGAAUACAUUUUAAACCAAGAUGGUGUCAUCUACUGGGGGACUGAAAAUGAAAUCUUGGCACAGCCCUGGGACUUCGGACAGUUUGAUGUGGAUAUUGUGGACAUCUGCUUCAGGCUGCUGGACAUAGGUGAACGCUACCAACGAGACAAGGAUCACACCCAGCGCAAGAACCCCAUUUACAUCUGCCGCACAGUUGCUGCCAUGAUGAACUGCAACCUGGCUAGAAGAAUCCUGAUAGAAUCUGGGACCAGAGAAUGCUAUGAUGGGACACCCCCUUCCAAGUGGCUGGGUAGCAGCUCCAUCCUCCAGCAGUGGGCUACACUGCAGUGCCAACCUGUUCGCUAUGGGCAGUGCUCGGUGUUUGCUGCAGUCAUGUGCUCAGUUCUGAGAUGCCUGGGAAUUCCCACCAGGGUUGUCACAGGCUUCACGUGGGCUCACAACACUAACAGCAACCCAAAUGUGAAUGAGCAUUACGAUGAAGAUGGGACGCUGCUUACACCUGACAAGAGUGCCCGUGUUUGGACUUUCCAUGUUUGGAAUGAAUGCUGGAUGUCUCGUAAAGACUUGCUACCAGAGUACAGCGGAUGGCAGGCACUGGAUGCCACCUGCCAGAAGAAAAGCAAAGGUCCUUCCUUUUGUGGGCCAGCUCCUGUUCAGGCCAUCAAGGAAGGGGACACAGAAGUGGAUUAUGAUGUCUGCUACUUCUUUGCUGCCAUGAAUGCCAAGUGCAAGGUCUGGAUACACAAAGAUGAUGACAUCCUCAAGCCAACUUUCAUCUACACAAAGUAUACUGGCAACAACAUCAGCACCAAGAGUGUGGGCAGUGAACGCUGUGAGGAUAUCACACACAACUACAAAUAUCCUGAAGGUUCUCUUCAGGAAAAAAAAGUACUUGACAAAGUCUACAGAAAGACACUUCAGACAAUCAGCAGCAGGAGAAAGAUUAUCUCCAUUCCUACUGCCAUUGAAGAGCAGGUUAACCUUUUUAUCCACCUCCAGUCCAAGAGUUCUCUGAUACUGGGACAAGAUAUUCCACUUUCCACUGAAAUGUUUAACUACAGUGGCAGAGAAAAGGCUAUAAACCUGGUACUUGGAAUCCAGUCUCUACAUUAUAAUGGUGUUCCCAUCAUGCAACUUUGGAAGGAAAAGUUUAAUUUUACCAUCAGAAACAAUGAAGUUAAAACCCUGCAAGUCUUUGUGCCUCACUCACGAUACGGAAAAGAGUUGGGAAAGAACCGUCUGCUUAGGCUGACUGCUAUGCUGAGAGAUGAGGACUCCUACACAUACUUUGCACAAGAAGAGAUAAGCAUUUGUGAUCCUCCUUUGACUAUUGAGUUUCCAGAAAGUGUGCUGCUGUACCAGCCAUCUACAGUGAAAAUCAGCCUCCUCAAUCCUCUCACUGAACCCCUGGAGAAGUGUGUGAUAGUGGUUGGAGGGCGAGGGCUCAUUUACAGACAAAGGAAAUACAGGCUGGGUUCUGUGCAACCUAAAAGCACUCAAGAUUUGCAGAUCUCAUUCACCCCUACCGAAGCAGGGCCUAGAAGACUUACUGCACAGCUUACGUGCCUUCAAAUCCAGAACCUGAAGAGCUACAAAACUAUCAACGUUGCAGUUGCAUGAUUUCCAAUACAGAACAGAUUCUGCUAUCCUAUUUACAAGAGUGGUCAUGAUCUGUGCACUGACCUUUGAUGAGCAUCAAUAUUAAAAUUUUAAAUAAAAUUAUAUUUACAAUCA